UACUUUACCGGUGCGGUGCAGUUUGUUCUGCCCUCCCACCUAAAAAAAUCCCAAAAAUAUUCUCCUUUUCUCCAUCGUAUACAGCUCGGUUCCCAUCCGAUGAAUCUAUCCCUCGCUACCUAUCCAAUUUACUUGUUUUAGGUCUUAAAUUUCCAGUUUAGAAUCCUGUGUAUUUUUUUCGAUCUCUAGAUUUUAAUUUAAUAAUAGCAAGAGGAGAGGGAAAUAAAAAGUUCACAAAAAAAGAAAAUAUUUGAAGGAUCUAGAAGGCCUGUGUGCUAUUUUUUUAUUAUUAUUUGAGAUGGCGCAGAUUCAGGUGCAUCAAGCAGCGGCUCCCGUACCUGGACCCAACGGAGUGGCUGCGGGACCUGGAGCGAUCCAGUUUGUGCCGACUUCGCUUUAUGUUGGAGAUCUUGACUUCAACGUGACUGAUUCGCAGCUUUACGAUCUGUUUAAUCAGGUCGGUCAGGUGGUUUCGGUUAGGGUCUGUAGGGAUUUGAGCACCAGGCGAUCACUUGGCUAUGGUUAUGUUAACUACAGCAACCCUCAGGAUGCUGCAAGGGCAUUGGAUGUCUUAAACUUCACUCCACUCAAUAACAAGCCUCUCAGGAUCAUGUAUUCACAUAGGGACCCAAGUAUUCGUAAGAGUGGCAUGGCGAAUAUAUUUAUCAAGAAUCUGGACAAGACUAUUGAUCACAAAGCUUUACACGACACGUUUUCUUCAUUCGGUAAUAUUCUUUCUUGCAAAGUCGCUACUGAUGCUUCUGGCCAGUCCAAGGGCUAUGGUUUUGUACAAUUUGACAGUGAGGAGGCUGCUCAAAAUGCAAUAGAUAAAUUAAAUGGCAUGCUGAUUAAUGAUAAACAAGUGUAUGUUGGACACUUUCUGCGCAAACAGGAAAGAGAUAGUGCUCUAAGUAACAUCAAAUUCAACAACAUUUAUGUGAAAAAUCUUGCUGAAUCCACAACAGACGAAGACUUGAAGAGUAUUUUUGAAGAACAUGGAGCAAUUACUAGUGCUGUAGUGAUGAGGGAUGCAGAUGGAAAAUCAAAAUGUUUUGGAUUUGUCAACUUUGAAAAUGUAGACGAUGCUGCCAAAGCUGUAGAGGCUCUUAAUGGCAAGAAAUUUGAUGACAAGGAGUGGUAUGUUGGAAAAGCCCAAAAAAAAUCUGAAAGAGAGCUUGAACUGAAAGGGCGAUUUGAGCAGAGCAUGGAGUCUGUUGAAAAAUACCAAGCCGUGAAUUUGUAUAUCAAGAAUCUGGACGAUAGCGUUAAUGAUGAAAAACUCAAGGAAUUGUUCUCUGACUUUGGCACUAUUACUUCGUGCAAGGUUAUGCACGACCCUAGUGGUAUUAGCAGAGGUUCUGGAUUUGUUGCGUUCUCAACUCCUGAAGAAGCAUCUAGAGCUCUUGCAGAGAUGAAUGGAAAAAUGGUUGUUAGCAAACCCCUGUAUGUUGCCCCUGCUCAACGGAAGGAAGAGAGAAGAGCAAGGCUACAGGCACAAUUUUCUCAAAUGAGGCCAGUUGCCAUGGCACCUUCAGUUGCUCCUCGUAUGCAAAUGUAUCCUCCUGGGGCUCCCGGUCUUGGGCAGCAAUUUCUAUAUGGGCAAGGACCUCCAGCAAUGAUUCCUCAGGCUGGAUUUGGCUAUCAACAGCAACUUGUACCUGGAAUGAGGCCUGGUGGUGCUCCAAUGCCAAAUUUUUUUGUGCCUCUUGUUCAGCAGGGUCAGCAAGGCCAGCGCCCUGGAGGGCGACGUGGAGGUGGCCCUGUUCAACAGACCCAGCAGCCAGUCCCUCUCAUGCAGCAACAGAUGCUUCCCAGGGGACGCGUCUAUCGUUACCCACCUGGUCGUAACAUGCCAGAUGUUCCGAUGCCAGGUGUUGCUGGUGGCAUGCUUUCAGUUCCUUAUGACAUGGGUGUCAUGCCAAUACGAGAUGCUGCUGGCGGACAGCCCAUGCCCAUUACUGCUUUGGCUACUGCCCUUGCAAAUGCAACACCUGAACAGCAAAGGACGAUGCUGGGUGAGGGUCUAUACCCCCUAGUGGAUCAGCUGGAGCAUGAUUCAGCAGCCAAGGUUACAGGCAUGCUUCUAGAGAUGGAUCAAACUGAGGUUUUGCACCUGCUCGAGUCACCAGAGGCUUUGAAGGCAAAAGUGGCAGAGGCUAUGGAGGUUCUUAGGACUGUAGCUGCUCAGCAGCAGAUCAACAAUCCAGCGGACCAGCUUGCCUCACUGUCUCUGAAUGAAAAUCUUGUUUCUUAGGUGUGUUUGGUGGAUUAGGAAAAGAGUGCAUCGGAUUGGUUUUGCAAAAUCUAGACCUGGUUUUAUUGGCAGAUAAGUUGCUACAUUCCAUCCAUUGUGUGGUUUUAGGUUGAAGUAGGGGGAUUGAAAUUUGGAAUUCCUGGUAUGCAAUCAUUUGUGUUGUGCAAGAUCCCCGGGUAUUUGGUAGAACUUGAUAGAUUUUCCUUGUGUCUUGUCGGGGGUGUUUUUUCCGACUCAUUUGCAGAUUCUACCGUUAACUCCUCUCUUUAGUUUGAUUAAUGCUGGCUGUGGGUUAUUUGUUAA